CAAUGUUGAAGGCGGGACCCUGAAAGAGAGAGGAACGAAAUGGACAUGGUUCUGCUGCAAGGUAUCUGGGGGAGUGCCAUUGCAGACGGGCAGAGGAACAUUGCUGAGGUGAAGACGAUUAUUAACAAAAAGAUCUGGGGAUUAUUUGGAGUUGGCAAGAAAGUUUUAAAAUCAGGGCAGGACAGCAUGAUGUUGAUGUCUGGGAGAGGGAGGGAGGUAGAGGAGGUGUGUGAGUGUGUGCCCUCCCGAGUGGUGCGUUGUGUGUCUAAGCUGAUGCAGUACGCUGAGGACCCAGAUGCACUGAUGAAGGCAUGGGAAGUCAUCACCACACUGGGACAGCUACUGAAUGGUCAUGUGAGCAGUAAGGGCGAGAUGCUGUGGAACAUGGACUCUGAGAGGUGGAAGAGAACCAGCCUGGUGGAGAGAAAGGAGUUCAUAGAGACAGUCAGUCUGGAGCUCAUCCUCACCUCAGACAGCUGGACAAAGACUGGGAGGAGCAGCGCUGCAUCUGCAACGAUGAAGGAGGCACGGGGUGACGAUGGAAAUAAGGGAGUCGUUUGUCAUGUCAUCAUCCAACCAGAGCGCAAGAACGGCUGGUCCCUUCCCCAGAUUAGCUUCAAUCUUUUGGAUUGUAAAGAACAUUUUCCCUCUGCUCAUUGAAUGGGAAUGGGGAACCACGUCCAACUUCCUCUUCAAUAU